UGACGCUGGUUGGAUUCGGGUCCGGACUGAAGCGGAUCUCAAAAGUUGUAAAAGACAAAACAGUUGAACAGAAGGAUCACAGAAAACCUGCCGGGUUGAUUUUGAGCGUCACAUAACCAGCAGUUUAACUUCGGAACACGGUUGCCAGAGGAAAUUGUGCUACUGCUGGGAGAAGAAGAGGAAGAAGAAGUAGAUGAAGAGAACAUGUCUGGAGGGGAUGAAGAAAAUGAUGGUUCUGCUGGGAGGAGUAGUGAUGGAGUACAGGUUUGUUCUCAGAGUUCAGCUCCGGUCACCGUGGCUGUUCCUCUGUAUCCUGCUGGUGUCCGUAUGGGCAGAGAGCCGAGAUUAUUACGACCUGCUGGGUGUCAGUAGAGAGGCCACAACCAGAGAUAUCCGACAAGCCUUCAAGAAGCUGGCACUUGUGAUGCACCCUGACAAAAACCCAAAUGACCUGUCAGCCCAUGAGAAGUUCCUGCAGGUGAAUCGGGCCUAUGAGGUGUUGAAAGAUGAAGAUCUGAGGAAGAAGUACGAUAAAUAUGGAGAAAAAGGAUUAGAUGAGCAACAGGGACGGCGCUAUGAGAGCUGGAAUUAUUACCGCUAUGACUUUGGUAUCUAUGACGAUGAUUUGGAGAUCAUUACACUGGACAGUGGGGACUUCGAGGCAGCAGUGAAUUCUGGAGAAAUCUGGUUCAUCAACUUUUAUUUUCCACGGUGUUCACACUGUCACCAACUGGCUCCAACGUGGAGGGAGGUUGCCAAGGAGAUGGAUGGAAUGAUGAGGAUCGGAGCUAUGAACUGUGGAGACAACAACCACCUGUGCAGAAGAAAAAACAUCCACAGUUACCCAAGUCUGUUCGUGUACAGAGUGGGACAAAAACCAGAGAAGUUUACCGGGGAGCGUUCCAAAGACAGUCUCAUCCGCUUCUCUGAGCAGUUCAUCACCGCCUCCGUCACACAGCUCUGGCAAGGUAACAUAUUCAGUGAGAUUGAGAGUGCGUUCUCUUCUGGGAUUGGCUGGCUGAUCACCUUCUGCCACAACACUGGAGACUGCCUGGAGUCCAGAACCAGACUGAAGCUGGCCGCCUUGUUGGACGGUCUGGUGAGGGUUGGCUGGAUGGACUGCAACACGCAGGAGUAUGUCUGUGAGAGUUUUCAGGUGAGCAGUGGAGCAACAGCUCUUUUCCCAGCUGGUAGUUCUCUGGAUCAACCAGGCAGUGUUUUGUGGCUGAAAAGUCUAGACAGCAAAGAGAUUUACAGCCAGAUCAUCAGUCACCUGCCGAGUGUGGAGCAGCUGACAGCCGACAACUUCGAGAAGAAACUGGCUCAUCACCGCUGGCUGGUGUCCUUUACAUUUGGAGAUAAAGUAUCCAAGGAGUCCAAAAAACUGCAAUCACUCCUCCAAAAGGACCACAUACAGGUUGGCUGGGUGGACUGUCUCUCAGACUCAGACUUAUGUCAGUCUCUCUAUAUCCGUAAGUCCUGCGUGGCCGUCUUCAAAGGAUUGGGAAUCUAUGACUUUGAAAUCCACCACGGUAAGGAUGUGCUGUACAGCAUAGCAGGCUUUGCAAAGGACAGCGUUCAUGCUCAUGUGACGACUCUGAGGCCCGAUAACUUCCCAGCAGACCAGAAGGAGGCUUGGCUGGUGGACUUUUUUGCUCCGUGGUGUCCUCCAUGCCGGGCCUUGUUACCUGAAUUAAGAAAAGCUUCAAUCCAACUGGUUGGACAGCUGAAGUUUGGCACUCUGGACUGCACCAUCCACCACCACCUGUGUUCAAUGUACAAUGUUCAAGCUUAUCCCACCACGGUCAUCUUCAAUGGCUCAUCGGUUCAUGAGUAUGAAGGACAUCAUUCAGCCAGCGGCAUCCUCGAGUUCAUUCAGGAUCUGACUAAUCCAUCUGUGGUCGUCCUCAGUCCAUCCAGCUUCUCAGAGAGAGUUCAUGGUCGGGCUGAAGGACAGGUCUGGGCUGUGGAUUUCUUUGCUCCGUGGUGUGGACCCUGCCGGGCUCUGAAGCCAGAGUGGAGACGGAUGGCCAGACUGCUGUUGGGUCAGAUCCUGGUGGGUUCCGUCAACUGUGAACAGUUUCAUUCAUUCUGUCAGAGUGUCGGCGUCAGAGCGUAUCCUGAAAUCCGCCUGUACCCCGGCAGCACCCACCAACCACAUCGCUACAUGACCUAUAAUGGUUGGCAUAGAGAUGCACAUUCGCUCAAAGCCUGGACACUAAGCUCGUUGCCGAGAGCAUCAGUGGAUCUGACUCCAGAGUCUUUUCGGACUUUGGUGUUGUCUGGUCAGGAUCACUGGGUUGUGGAUUUUUAUGCUCCUUGGUGUGGACCUUGUCAGCACUUUGCACCAGAGUUUGAGGUUUUGGUCCGGGUCCUCAAAGGAGAGGUUCGGGGAGGGAAGCUGGACUGUCAAGCUCAUUAUCAGACCUGUCAGUCAGCCGGAGUCUCCGCUUAUCCAACUGUCAGAUUUUACCCCCACAUGGGAACGAAGAGGCACGUUCAUGGCGGUGAAGAUGUCAACAGUCGUGAUGCAAAUGUAAUUGCUGACAUCAUCAGACAGAGACUAAAACAGGUGUUGCCACGGUUACACGCCAAGCCAAAGGAUGAGCUGUGAUAGUUGGGGGUGGAGCCAAAAUAUGAACCAGCUAUCUGAUUGGUGGUGGAGAGGCGAAGGUGUAAUUGAUCUUCUAAAACUGCAAUCAGUUAUUCAACACUCCUCAGUGAAGACACAAAUCGGAAUCUGCUGAAUGUUUCUGCUUUUUGUUUUUAUUUAUGGAACUGUUACAGACAAUCCUGACUUUCACAAUAAAAGUCAUUUAGAACA